AAAAAGUCCUCUCUGUAACCUGGAGAUUGUCCACGUUUACAGCAUUCAGACACCGCUGCCUGCUCCACAUCUGCAACCAAGGCCCUCUGCGCAAAGAGUGCAUACGGCUCCAGGCCUUAAAUUGAUCUAUUUUGUGACUAUUAUUUUUGUUUUGAAUUCCUCUAACUUAUUUGACUUCUGUAAAGAUGUUUUUCUGCUGCGUAUUCUUUUUCCUCCUCACUACGUGGGCAUCAGUAGAGUGUAAUCCCAGUCCCGUGUUAGGAGAUGUAGUCGUGGACAAACAGUUCAUGCCCAAAACCUGUGCAAGAGAAGCGAAAGAGGGAGAUUAUGUUCGCUAUCACUAUAACGCCACAUUUGUCGACGGGAAAACAUUUGAUUCGAGCCAUCAGAAGGGAGACGCUAAGGUUGGCCUGCUCGGGGAGGGCCGGCUCAUCGCUGGCGUUGACAAAGGUCUGCAGGGCAUGUGUGUUAAUGAACGCAGAACAAUUACAGUCCCGCCCCACCUGGCCUAUGGAAGUACCGGUGCAGGCGACGUGGUUCCUCCAGACACCACCCUGGUGUUUGAAAUCCAUCUGUUGGAUCUGUGGAACAAAGCCGACCUUGUUGCCACCAAAAUCAUCACCACUCCCAAAGACUGCAAACGCUCCGUGAUGAGAACUGACUUUGUGCGUUACCAUUUCAACGGCACUCUGCUCGACGGCAGCGUCUUUGACUCCAGCUACAACAGGAAACAGACCCACGACUCCUUAGUCGGUGAGGGUUGGCUGGUUAAGGGCAUGGAUGAGGGCCUGCUGGGCAUGUGUGUGGGAGAGAUUAGAAACAUCGUCAUCCCGCCUUUCAAAGCCUACGGAGAAAAAGGAUCAGGUACAGAGAUCCCCUCCCAGGCGACGCUGGUGUUCAAUGUCCUGCUGGUGGACAUUCACAACUCAAAGGAUAACCUCACCAUUGAGGACCAAGUGGUACCCGAGUCGUGCACACGCAAGUCUGUGGUCGGCGAUUACGUCCGGUACCACUACAACGGCACCUUCCUGAACGGGCUCACCUUUGACACCAGCUACCAGAGGAACAGCACAUACAACACCUACAUCGGGAUGGGGUAUGUGAUCGCAGGCAUGGACCAGGCCCUGCUGGGAGUCUGCAUCGGAGAGAAGCGCAAAGUCGUCAUCCCUCCACACCUGGGGUAUGGAGAGCAAGGAGCAGGUGAUAUCAUCCCACGUUCUGCUGUGCUGGUGUUUCACAUUCACGUCAUCGACUUCCACAACCCCAACGACACGGUGAGCAUCCAGGUCACCCACAAGCCCGAGGCGUGUAACGCGUCCACCGAGGUGAACGACCUCGUCCGCUACCACUACAACUGCACCCUGGUGGACGGCACGCCGCUCUUUUCAUCACACGACUAUGAGCACCUUCAGGACGCAGUGCUGGGGUCGGACAAGGUGAUCGACGGGCUGGACGAAGGCUUGAGAGGCAUGUGUGUGGGAGAGAAGAGGGUGGUAACGGUGCCACCUCACCUCGGACACGGAGAAAAAGGAGCCACUGGUGUGCCAAGCAGUGCGGUGUUGGUCUUUGAUAUUGAACUGAUGAGCUUUGAGAAGGGAGUGCCGCCUGGUUACCUGUUUGUGUGGCUCGAGGAGAGCCCUGCAGACUUGUUUGAAGCCCUGGACAUCAACAAGAACAAAGAGGUUCCCCAGGAGGAGUUUGGAGAGUUCAUCAAGCUGCAGGUGACGGACGGAAAAGGUCGCAUAAAGCCUGGAAUGAUCAUGGAGCAGGUUAUUAUCGACAUGUUCAACAACCAGGACAGAAAUAGCGAUGGAGUGAUCACGGCAGACGAACUCAAACUGAAAGUAGAUGAGGACAAGGAAAGGGAAGACGCGAGGCACGAGGAGUUGUGAUGAGGAUAAACACUUUUAUUCUCUCUCAGGGAUAAACCCCAACACCUUAAAAACAAGCAGCGAGAGACAUUUUCCAUACAUCAUCAUGGUUUAAUAAUUUCUGUACCACAUUGGACUGUUUUUUUUUUAAUUGACAGGGCGAGUGUAAAGUCUUUUUUUGUGGAGUUCUGUGUUGUCUUUGAUAGUUGUAUUUCAGAAAACCAAACAAGCACCUUUAUUUGUCCUUGAAAGUCACAUUAAUUAAAAUGUUUUUAAGAAAAAGAAAAUUGUUUUGUUUUUCUAGGACUAUCCCAUCUAAGUAAGUGGAGUACUCUUUUAAGCCGAAUACUGUCUUUGUGUGAUGAAAGAAAAACACAUCGGGCAGUAAGAAAGCAGGUCGUCUGGAAACAUUGCGACUUUGAAACACUCUUCAUCCUGCACCAGAAAUAUGCAAAAGAAGAGCAUCAUUGGAAAUCAAUGUUUUUUUCCACUGAUGGCAUGUUAAAUGGAGUUGGUUGAUAUUGGUGGGAAACUAAUGGAUACUGGUAGCUUAAAAGGUUCUUAAUUCAAACUUCAGAGCGGAGGGAUUGCCUCUACAUGGAAAACAAUUGAAAAAUGUUGAUUUUAAAAGGAUAGUUUUAAGCUGAGAUGAGCACACUUACACGUUAGUCCAUAUUCAUCAUUACAUAACAUCUAUAGUAAAGUGCAACUAGCUCAAUGUUAGCUCAUCAUUUCUAGCAGCCACAAUGUUUUAGUUAAAAUAAUUACCACAGAUUGUAUGUUUUUCUUCACUUUUACAGAAACAAAUGUUUAGAAUAACUGCUACAAUAGUUUACAGACUGAUAGCAUCCCUGUCAAGUUAGAUGAUGAAGUAGAACACAUGGCAGAUGAAGAGUUUUACGUCUUUGCUCACACACACACACACACACACACACACACACACACACACACACACACACACACACACACACACACACACACACACACGA